AUGUUAUGGUACUCUGGUAGUGAGAGGCGUAGGAAUGAAAUAGGUAUCUUAGUGGACGAGGAGCUUAGAGGGCAGGCAGUGAAGGUUAAAAGGGUUAGUGAUCGGGUGAUGACUAUCAAGUUAAUCAUUGAGGGGUCUUCUGUGAAUAUCUGUAGUGCAUAUAUGCCACAGACGGGCCUGGAAGAGGAGGAGAAGAAGAGAUUUUGGGAGGUUUUGGAUGAGGUGAUAAGAGGCUUUCCUAGUUCAGAGAUAAUUUUCAUAGGAGGGGAUUUUAAUGGGAACGUUGGGUCUCUACCAAUGGGUUAUGAUGAUGUGCAUGGAGGUUUUGGGUUCAGGGAUAGGAAUAUUGAGGGAGUGGCUCUUUUAGAGUUUGCGGGGGACUUUGGGAAAGAGGAUAGAGCAAUGUGUAAGGAUUGUAAGGUAAUUUCGAGUGAGAAUCUUGCGACCCAGCAUAGACUUCUAGUGAUGGACUUGGUUAUCAAGAAGGGCAAGAAGAGACGGGGUGGCGUGGGUCGUUCUAGAGUUAGGUGA